AUCUUUAGCUAUUAUCAUAUAUAUUUAAUAAUAAUUUCUACUUGUUAUUUAUAUUUAUUAUUAUGGAAUUUCUAAAAAGUAUUGGGGUUGGUGUGAGACCUAUAGAUGAUCCCUUUUUUGAUGAAACUUAUAAAAGUUGCAAGAUAUUUCAAAGGAAAGGAGUUAUAGCUGAAGAUGAUGAAGAUUUAUGCCAUGACAUCAUUAAAGAGUUUCCUUGUCCCAACUCACAAUGUGCAGAAGUAUUUAAAACAUUAUUAGAUUUUGAAAUGCAUUAUAAUUCCUGCCACCGAUAUAUUUGUAUGGAGUGUAAAAAGAUUAAACCAAAUUCUAGAUUAUUAGAAAUUCAUAUUCAAGAAACGCACGAUACAUUUUUCAAGCUGUUAUCGGAAAAACAACCAAUGUAUCAGUGUUAUGUUUCUCAAUGUAAUAUGAAGUUUAAUAAUCCAAAUGAAAGACGAGAACACUGUAUCAAUGUACAUAAAUAUCCAAAAAAUUGUCGCUUCGAUAUGCCGUAUAUAAAAAAAGAAAAUUCCAAUAAUAAAAUGGAUGUAGAUUCAACUAACAAAAUGGAUAUUGACAUUGUAGAUGAAAAAGAGGAAGAGGAAAAGAAAAAGAAAAAGAAAAUCCUAUUAAAUAAGAAUCAAAAAAUGAAAACGUUUAAUACAAAUUGUAGAAUAAGUAACUUUGAAAAUUCUGCCGCAACUUGUACCGUUUCUUCUAGCACAACGGUUACUAAUAUCGAUAAAAAUGCAUCUUUAAUGUUUAUACCUAGACAAGUAGAAAAAUCAUAUGCAAGGACUCUUAGUAAAAAACAAAAUAAAGAAAGGAAUGUUCUUGAAGCAGAAUGUAUGUCAGAUUUAGCACAAUCUCUACCUGAUUAACCAGUUACCUAUGAUGACCUCUUUAAAAUCUAUACACCUAAAUUAUGUUGCCAAAAUAUGAAAUGAUAACGAGUAUACACGUCCAAGACAAUAUAUGCAGCUGUUGUAAUAUUAAAUUAAGUUCUAAUCAAAUGAUUGUAUUAUUUUUGUAUAAAAUUUGCAAUUCUAAUAU